AUGACCGAAGCCCCAACGUACAAGAGUUAUGUACGGGAUGUGGAAGUAAACUUUACUCCAAAGACCAUUAUGAAGGUCUUAGGACUACGGGCAGCACAUUUUGAUGAGCCAGAGUACCAAGAAAGAGUGAAUGAGAAUCCAGAUUAUGAUGAAAUCUCUAGUGAUAUCUGUGUGGUGAACACUGACUGGGAGAGAGACAAUCAAAGAGGACACAAGUUCCUGAAAAGGGGAGAUCUCAUCCCUGAAGCAAAAGGUUGGUAUGAGCUUAUAAAGAGAUCAAUUUUGGGCACGGUGAACACCUCAGAAGUUAACAAGAAAAGGGCUGUAAUACUACACUGUAUAAUGGUGGGAGGAGAGAUAAAAGUUCAUGAGAUCAUUGCAAAUGACAUUCAAAAGGUUGCAGAGAAAAAUUCUGCUGAAGCCUGGCUCCAUUACCCAAGCACCAUUAUGAGGUUAUGCAUGAAGGCCAGAGUGCCACUGGAGGAUGCAAAUCCAACAUGGCUACAUCUAGGCUUGCCUAUGACCCUCGAAAGGAUGAUGAAUGUCACAGAGGCACAACAAAGUCGAAGACCACAAAGGAGGCGAAGGAGAGAAGAACCACGUGAGGAAGAAGAUCAUCAAGAAGAACAAGAAGAAGAGCAACAAUUCCAACCACAAACCAACAUGGACAUGGGCAGGAUGCAAGAAGAAUUCCAUUCACAAUACAUGAGAGCUUAUGAGAGACAAGAGGAGUUUCAGCUAAGAAUGAUGAGCCAACAGAGAGAUUUUGAGUCAAGAUCACUAGUUAUGCAAAGAGAACAAGCUUCACAAUUUCAAGGAGCUUUCAACCAGUUGGCCCAACUUCAAGUUGAUAAUAUGAGUGCUUUCAAGGAGUUCACGACUCUUCAGGAUGCAAGAUAUGGAGUUCAAUCUGACUAUAACAUAAAUGGUCAAAUCAAGCUCAACUACAUUGCGGAACAUCUACAUAGAAUGGAUCCAGCAUUUCCAAUCUAUGAUCAAUACUUCAAGGAAAGGAGUGACAUAGAAGUAGACAAAGCAAUACGCCUGAUGGGGGGUGGAAAUCGGAUUUCACACACAUAA